AUGGCUUCUUCACCUGCUGCCAUGGCAGUGGCAGACACUGUUAGCUCGCCGCCGGCCCUAGGUUUCGUGCCUGUGGCAGCCCACUUCCAGCUCUUUGACAGGCUGGUGCAGUUGAACCGACCUUCUACAGCAGAGGAGGUCCAGGAUACCUAUAUUAAUAGUCUGGGUGAAGGAAAUGAAGAAUUCAAGCCAAAUUUACCUUUAUUCCAGGAUACUCUAUUUGCUAUGGCCUGCCUCGGAUUUGUCGAUGUCAGUAGCGAUGAGCUUUACAGUCCAAAUGAUAUCACGAGGCAUUUGGUGACCACUCCGUCCGCGCUGCAUGGCUGUCUUCAUUUUACAAGGGAGGCACUUUUGGGCGCUGCAUUUGUCAUGCGAAAACUCGAAGCUAAUAAUUUCGAGUACCCGUUCAAAGAACAAGAAACUCCCAUCCAACAUGCAUACAAACUUAUGGGUCAGGAGGAGUUAUCAAAGCAACAUACCUAUUCUAUUAUGGCUGCAGAAGGUCGCAUGCCCAGUUUCAACAAGUUCAUGGUCGGAAAGUUCAUGAAGACCAGCACUAUGCCAGAGCGCGUGAAGAAACUGGGAUACGACUUGCAGCAUAUUCUCAGCGACCCCGAAGUAUCCACGUCCGUUGCCAUGGUCGACAUUGGAGGGGGUAGUGGAGAACUGCUUCUUGAAGUUAAAGAGACAUUCCCUUAUUUGAAAGCAUCGGAGCUUGUUGUUCAAGAGUUCAAUGAUGCUAUUGUGGAUGUUCCCGGUAUCACACUUGCUACGUGGGACUUUAAGGGGAAUAGCCCUCAGCCUAUCAAAGGGGCCCUGAUUUACAACCUAGGGCAUGUCGUUCAUAACCUACCGGAUUUGGAGGCCGUAAAUCUAUUACAGAAGAUAUCUGAGGCCAUGGCUAAUUACUCUCGUCUUUUAAUCCAUGAAUUCUCCAAAAACGUGAAUAAUGGAAAAUUACACACGACAAUGGUUGUACUCUUUGGAGGACGACACAGGACUCCAUCUGAGUGGCAUCAGCUGGCCGCACUGGCAGGGUUGCGUGUGACGUUUGAGGCUUAUCCGUCUUUUGGGGCCGGAUUGAUCGAGAUGAGAAAGCUAUAA